UUUGCUGUGCAGAAGAAAGUCUAUAAAGCACUACUCGUUUCGCUGGACAGGUUAUGAAGUGCUGAAGAAUAAUAAUGUGCUCUUCAUUUGGUUUCUCCAAAAGUACGGUUAACCAGGUGUUGUCUUCGUGUAUUGUAAACAUUAUCAACUUUGCCCAUGGAGCUGCGCUUGGUUGGGUUUCACCAUUUCUACCGUUACUACAGUCGGAGGAAUCGCCACUGGACACGGGUCCUGUUACGGUUGAACAAGGAUCAUGGAUCGGAUCAAUUCUCUGUCUAGGAGGUCUCGCAGGAGCCAUCAUCUACGGGUACUUGUCCGAAAAACUUGGCGUGAAAAAGUGCAUCUCGUAUCUAAUUAUUCCCAAUAUGAGUUUUUGGAUCACUAUAUACUUUGCGACAUCUGUGUAUCAUCUCUAUAUUGCAAGAUUCUUAGCCGGAGCUGCUGGAGGAGGAAUUAUCGUCACUUUUCCUCUAUACAUAGCGGAUAUAUCCGACAGCCAAAUCCGUGGUGCUCUCGGUUCAUUGCUGGCAUUGUCGGGAAAUUCAGGGAUCCUGUUGAUGUAUAUUGUAGGCGAUUUUCUAUCGUAUCGAACAGUGCCUGUAGUAAUGAUGUGCCUUCCGAUCUUAUUCAUGAUUUUGAUGAGCUUCAUCCCAGAAACUCCACAAUCUUUGCUCAAGGGACAAAACUUUUCGGAAGCAGAACAAUCUUUUAUGUUCUAUAAAGGAAUAACCACGAAUGAAAAACAAACAGAAGCAUUCCAACGAGAGUUUGAAAAAUUGAAAAGUUUCAUCCUUGACAGCAAAGUACAAGCAAAUAAGUUGGUCGUUUCAGAUUUCACAACCACGAUAGCGAGAAAAGGAAUAUUUAUUGGAAUUUUCCUUAUGUUCUUGAAUCAGUUCUGCGGAGUUUUCGCUAUUUUAACUUAUGCCGUCUCGAUUUUCACCGAGUCUGGCUCAACGAUGAGCCCCGGAGCAUCCGCCAUAAUUAUGGGGGCAAUUCAAAUCGUCGGAACGGUGGCAUCCUUCAUACUGGUUGAUCUGGCAGGACGAAAGUUGCUACUAAUGGUGUCGACAUUUGGAACUGGGUUGGGCUUGUCCUGUUUGGGUGUGUAUUCGUGGCUGAGAGGACAGGAUGUAAACAUGGACGGACUCGACUGGGUACCCAUCGUGAGUCUCUCAAGUGCCGUAUUGCUCUUUUGUGUAGGAUUGUGCAAUAUUCCGUUCUUCGUGCUGCCGGAAAUAUUGCCAGCUAAGAUCUGCAAUGCUGGAAAUGUCAUCAGCAUGAUUUCAAUCACAAUAUUUUCAUUCAUCAGUUUGAAGAUUCUUCCAAUAUUGCUUGAAGUUAUUCAUCUUUAUGGAGCACUAGCGAUAUUUGCGAGCACUUGUUUUCUGGGUGUCAUUAUAAUUGCCUUGUUCAUACCUGAAACUAAGGGCAAAAACCUUAUAACGGCGGAAAAUGUGUGAUAUUUAUUAUGUAGAUUGAGAAAUACACUA